AUGGGGUGUGGGGUCUCAGUAACCAAUUGCAACCUCAGGCCCGCCAUUUUGACGCCUCACUGCUUUCCAGAGACGCGGCUUUUGCCCUCGGUUGUGUGGUGGAGGCUUAGCGGCUCUUGGUACAUUGAGGCCAAAGAGACACAGUGCUACUAUUAUUAUUCCCGCUACUUCGGCCUGGAGUUCUCUGCAAUGGAAGCCAGAGCCCGGCCUGCACUAGGUGUUCCCGAAGCAGCCCAGUGCGUCUACUUCGGUGAAGGAGUUCUCGGCCUCCUGGAGCUGGACGAGGGCCACGAGGGCCAUCCUGGCCAAGCUGCCAACUACUGCCCUCUUCAAGUGGUGAAUGUGAGUCAGAGAGGUGACGCUGACCGCCCUGUGAAUCAAGGUCAGCACCUGCAGCCCGUCCACCAGCUGCCACUUGCCCAGCAGGAUCCUUUUGUUGCCAUGAAUCAGAGCGGGUAUCAGUGGCAGCCACGAUUUCGCUUCACUGAAUGGCAGGUGCAGGAACUGGAAAGGGUUUUCCAAGAAACUCAGUACCCAAGUGUGAUCACAAGAAUGGUGCUUGCAAGAGACCUGAAUGUGCCUGAAUCCAAAGUGCAGAAUUGGUUCAACUAUCGAAGAGCCAAAUAUAGGAAAAUGCUGAGGAAUCAGUGCUGAAAUAUGUACCACCGGAAUCCAAGGACCAGUGCCGUGUCUAGACCCUGGAGCAGCAGGGGCAGGUUACCCUUCUCCUGAGACCACGUGGGAGAUGGGCUUUUGUUUUGCCACUAUGCCUGGGCCACGUGUAAGUGCCGCUGCCACGUUUAUCUUCA